AUGUUGGAAGGGCCCAAGGAGGAACAGGGUGUUAUUGAAUGGCACCCGCAUCGACCUCUGUUGGCUGCAUGUGGUCUCGAGACCGGCAGAAUUAACAUUUGGUCGGUCACAAGUCCCCAAAAGUGGUCCGCACUUGCGCCGGAUUUUGUGGAGGUCGAAGAGAAUGUUGAAUACAUUGAGCGGGAGGACGAGUUCGAUAUCAAGCCGCAGGAGGAGAUCCAGAAGAGGCGGCUUGAUCAGGAAGAUGAAGACAUUGACGUUCUUGCUGUCGAUAAUGGGGGCGGGUUAGGAGAGGAGUUGGAUGAAUUCCGCAUGCCGAUCCUGUUCAACCUUGGAGAGUCGGACAGCGAAGAAGAAUUUGUGAAUGUAUCACUUGGGACCUUACGGAGGAAAAGCCCAGGUGAUCAGGACGACGUCGAUGGGGAGUUGACUGGGGAAGACAUUGGAGCUAGCAAACAAACACAAUCUUCUGGCACGGGCAGGGCCGGAAGGACUGGGGGGAGGAAAACAUGA